GCCACCAUGAACCCACGUCUUCAAAAGCGGAUCCGAAAGCCACAGUAAUUCACAGAUCUGAUGCAAACUUGCCUUUGUUAUUAUCUCGAAGAACUGCACCUCUGGCAGUUUCCUCAGCUUGUCACGAAACAGUACUCGAGUCCUCUUUCCGUCACAUCGCCAUGUCCCUGUCACCCGCUAUCCGGGUCGCGAGAACCGCCGCGCAGAGGUCGACCUCUCUGCUCAGCGCCAUUCAAUUCGGACACCCUCCCAAUUGUCCCUGUCAUUCCAAUCCCAACUUCCAUCAUGGCCCUUCAGUCUUUUCAGAGGCCAGACGCCGACUGGCAACCCCCAUCGACCACAGCCGAACGAAAGAGUACGCCUUUGAGAUGGCUGCCAGUUCCAUCCGGUUUGGACCUGGCUGUACCAAAGAGGUGGGCAUGGACUUCAAAAACAUGGGUGCUAAGCGGGUCAUGGUGGUGACGGACGCCAAUGUCUCCAAGCUCAACGCCAUGAAGCAGGUCGUUGAUGGUUUGACCAAAGAAGGCAUCGAGUUUACCGUCUACGACAAGUGUCGUGUCGAGCCCAAGGACAGCUCGAUCAAGGAUGCCAUUGCCUUUGCAAAGCCAUACCAACCUGAUGCGUUCCUUGCUGUAGGAGGUGGCUCCGUCAUCGACACGGCCAAACUGAUGAAUCUAUACACCGUUUUCCCGGAAGCCGACUUCCUCGACUUUGUCAAUGCUCCGCUCGGAAAAGGCCUUCCCAUCACCAAGCCCCUGAAACCCCUCGUAGCAGUUCCCACGACAGCUGGAACUGGUUCUGAGACAACCGGCACCGCCAUCUUCGAUCUGGUAGAGAAGCGUGCAAAGACCGGUAUCGCCCACCGAAACCUGAAGCCAACCUUGGGAAUAUGCGAUCCCCUCAACACUCGUACUAUGCCUUCUGCUGUCCAUGCCUCGUCCGGUCUGGAUGUGUUGUGCCAUUCCUUGGAAUCAUGGACGGCCAUCCCAUACAAUGAGAGAACGCCACGGCCUACCAAUCCCAUCAAUCGUCCUGCGUAUCAGGGUGCCAACCCCAUUUCCGACAUCUUCUCCCUUCAAGCUCUGAGACAGACGGUCAAAUAUCUUCCCCGGGCAACCAAAGACCCCGAUGAUCACGAGGCCCAGAGCGAAAUGUUACUUGCUGCCACGCUCGCUGGUGUUGGAUUUGGAAAUGCUGGCGUUCACCUCUGUCACGGUAUGAGUUAUCCCAUCAGCGGGCAGAAUCCUGGGUACAAGCAUGCGGGUUACGCGGAGAACGCUCCGAUCAUCCCUCAUGGUGUCAGUGUAGCGGUCACUUCCCCUGCAGUUUUCAGAUUUACCGCUCCUAGCAACCCAGAACGGCAUCUGGCAGCCGCCGAAGCCUUCGGCGUGGACAUCUCAAACGUCAAGAAAGAAAGUGCAGGCGAAGUGCUCGGCGAGGCGUUGGCGGAAUUUUUGAUCGGGUUAGGAGACCAACCGAGAGGUUUGAAGCCGCUAGGCUUUACCAAGGAGAGCAUCGAUGACUUGGUGGAGGGCACCUUGCCGCAAAAACGGGUACUGAUGCUGGCACCGAAUUUGAGUGAAGAAGUCGGUCAAGAGAGGGAACAACUCCGUGCUCUGUUUGAAGAGUCACUGGAAUACUAAAUGUGAUGACUGCGGAUAAUGGAACGGCGACUAUUUGGGUAUCUGGGUCACGUGAUACUUGCGUCACGUGUUUGGACAUUAUUUGCACGUGCUCCCCAGCUUCUCCAGAUUCGCCAAACGCCAAACGCCAAUUCGCGGGGCUCCUGCAUGUUUUGAUGUCAUCCAGGUGGCUGCGGGCACGCGCAUUACUGGUGUACCGUCCAUGAUCACUCUUUCCUUGUGCGAUGUCGGACUCGUUCGCCCACACUCGGCAUCCCCCACACUGGCCACAUCUUCCCACAAAAUUGUACAUACCUUGUCACGCAUGUUUAUUAAAUUGUCCUCGGGACUUGUGCUCACAGCAACCAAAUUUGGAUCACGGCAUUGGUCUAAAGGGAAAAAGCCUAGAUCGAAUCUUGUACCGACACGUUUCCUGCACACCCUGACUUUGUGCAUGACAUACCACAUAAGAAACUCUCAUUGAUUUUUUAUCCUUGCGUUCACUGUCUAGACUUUUGUUCUUCCUACUUGUGC